ACCACCAUGAUCGGCGCUCUGUGUUUCUUUGCAUUGCUGAGCUCCACACCGGCCUGGGGGCAAGCCGGCCUCUGGAGUGAGGGGGGUGUGAGGAAUGACACAGGAGGUGGAAGUGGGGACAGAUGUACCUGUGAUGCCUUCCUCCCCACUUCAACCUUUCCUAUCAGGGACCUGGAGGAGAUCGAGCAGACAGCUGUGGAGAUCAGCCACAGACUGGAGCUGGAGAUCGCCAAGCUGGAAGACUAUGAGUUCAAACUGACAGCAUAUGCACAAAAAAUAGUAGAGUUGACAGCAGAGGUUGAGAUAAUAGAGAAGAACCCUGAUGACUACACUGAUGCACACAUUGAGGAGGUGAAGGUGAAGAUUAAGCAAGUGGAGGCUCUGAUCAAAGAGUUUCAGCUUUCCAUCACAAGCUCCACCACCAUCUUUGAGUCUCUGCGCGUACAGAUCACAGCAAUGGAGGUGACGCUGAGUAGGCUGGAGGUGACCUAUGACAAGAACGUGGUUCUGCUGACCCGCCGGAAAUACGUCAAGGUGCAGCUGGAACUGGAGGAGUGCGAGAGGCGCCACCAGGAAAUCUUCAACCCCAACAUUGGUUCCUGUGCUCACACUGGUCUUAUCAAAGUCAGCAAGCCCAUUGUGAGCCAACUGAAUGCUCAUCUCUCCUCUAGCAACAAAUUUGGAGGCUGGGGGAAAGAUUCAAAGCCUAUUCCGAACAGAGAGUCCAUGUACUUUUACUCAGGACACAGCAGUACAGUGUUGUAUGACAUUUACUUUUACACUAACUACCAUAAUUUGAUUUUAAGAAGCGCCUUCCAGCAUCAUACCUUUCCACAAAACUGGAGAGGUACGGGGAGCAAUUUCAUCGUACGAGACAACACCCUGUAUUAUCAGAUUAACAGCCCGUUCGGGUUGGCUAAACUGAAUUUCACGACCAUGAAAUACGAGUCCAGGGUGAUUCCUCGUGCGAGCAGCAGAUUCUCCUACAUUAACUCCCCAAAUCAAAACUUCGACUUUGCUGCCGAUGAGAGCGGCCUGUGGGUGACGUAUGCCACAGACCAGACCGGUGGUAAAAUGGCCAUCGCAAAAAUCAAUGAGGCUUCUUUUGGGAUUGAGGAGGAAUGGCAGACGAGUGUAUACAAGCCAGCAGUGAAAAACGCCUUCAUGGUGUGUGGUGUUCUGUAUGUAGUCAAGACGCUCGAUAUCCACACUGAAGAAAUCUUCUACAAGUAUGACACUAAGACUAAGCAGGGAAGCCACAUGAAUGUGUAUUUUGAGAGGUUUCGGGAUCAGUACUCCAACCUGGACUACAAUCCCACUGACCAGAAGCUCUACAUGUUCAAUGAGGGCUACUACGUUAGCUAUCAUCUGUGGUUUAACCACACAACUCAAGCCACGGUGGAGCCACCACUGGCCCAUGGCAAUGUGUCAUUGUCAAAGUCCUAAAUCCUUACUUGUGAUUUGCUGAAAUAUUCUACCUUAUUCCUUAUAAAGGGAACUGUCCAUUUUCUUCUUGUAAUUCACAUAUUGCAUCAUUUUUCUUCCUUUCUGCUAAUAAAUGAUCUCAAGCAUUACA